UCUCUCCGUUCUUGCUAACUUGGCAGCACACUGGAAAGCGACCAGAUGGAAUUCAGCACUGCCUUCUUAACAGAUUCCACACAUUUUAAAUUGUUUCGCACACAUUUUUAGCCGACUUUUCUGUCGACAAACAGCCCUGGCGUGAGCACAGGCGUCUAUCUGGGAGCUUCGGCUGCGCUGUGAACCGGGACAGAAGCGGUCAAGACAUUUACAGAUCCCCCCCACCAAACAUCUUCCCACUGUCCCAAAGGCGUGUGCACACGUGUCCGUCAUGCCGCUGUUUGGUAAAUCACACAAGAGUCCCGCUGACAUUGUCAAGACGUUGAAGGAAAACCUGGCCAUCCUGGUCAAACAGGACAAGAAGACAGACAAGGCCUCUGAGGAGGUGUCUAAGUGUUUGGUGUCCAUGAAGGAGAUCCUGUAUGGAAGCAAUGACAAGGAGCCCCACACCGAGACUGUGGCCCAGUUGGCCCAGGAGCUGUACAACAGCGGCCUGCUGAUCGCACUGGUAGAAAACCUGCAGGUCAUAGACUUUGAGGGGAAGAAGGACGUGUGUCAGAUCUUCAACAACAUCCUCAGGAGGCAGAUUGGGACGAGGAGCCCCACUGUUGAAUAUUUCUGCUCCCACCAGGAGGUCCUCUUCAUACUGCUGAAAGGAUAUGAGAUGCCCCAGGUGGCGCUAAAUUGUGGGAUCAUGCUGAGGGAGUGCAUCCGCCACGAGCCGCUCGCCAAGAUAGUUCUCCAUUCGGAGCAUUUCCACAAUUUUUUCAACUACGUGGAGAUGUCCACCUUCGACAUUGCUUCUGACGCAUUUGCCACAUUUAAGGACCUCCUGACGAGACACAAAGUGCUUGUGGCCGAAUUCCUCGAGCAGAACUACGAAGCUGUGUUUGCAGACUAUGAGAAGCUGCUGCACUCUGAGAACUACGUCACCAAGCGACAGUCUCUAAAGCUUCUAGGAGAGCUGUUAUUGGACAGACAUAACUUCACAGUCAUGACGCGGUACAUCAGCAAGACAGAGAACCUGAAGCUGAUGAUGAAUCUGCUCCGAGACAAGAGUGCCAACAUCCAGUUUGAGGCCUUCCACGUCUUCAAGGUGUUUGUAGCAAACCCCAACAAGACUCAGCCCAUCAUCGACAUCCUGCUCAAGAACCAGACCAAACUCAUCGACUUCUUGAGCAACUUCCAGAAGGACCGCACGGACGACGAGCAGUUCAACGACGAGAAGACCUACCUAAUCAAACAGAUCAGGGAUCUGAAGAAACCGGCUUCCUAGAGAAGCAUUCCUGCCUGCCAUCUACUUCAACUUUUUAUUAAUAGGAAGACAUAGAAAAAAAACACAUUAACAAUAAUGGUUACUCUAUUUGAAAAAAAAAUCUUUGAGACAUCAUUUGUCUUUUUUUUUUUUUUUUCCUCUUUGUCAGUCCAUUAAAAACUUGUGCAAGAGUAGUUCUUAAUCACUGAUCUUUUUUUGUAAUUUUUUUAAAUCUCAUCUGUAGCAUGUAGUGCCACAACUCAUGGUGUUGGAGGCAGCUGAUUUGCCUUGUUGGGGGAGAACUAGGGUUUUUUUUUUUUAAAAAAAAAAGCUUCAGCCAAAAUCCUCCGGGUGGAUGAGCAUUUUCUUUAAUCUUAUUAGUCUCUGCUUACAAAUGAAUUUGUAAAUUUUUAAAAGUAGUGGCUGCAAACCAGAAACAUGAAGAACUUUUUGUUUUCUUGGGAGAUGUGUGGUGAGGAUGUUGGUGUGUCUGGUUAGGACCAGGUGAAGUAUAUUUACAGCGUGAAUAUCUUAGUCAAUGCAUUCUUGGUCAUCGGUAAAAGCAAUUUUUUUUUUUUUUUUUUUUUUUUUUUUU